AUGCGUUGUGAAUUCAUCUUGGUGGUCCAUCGCAUGCGGCGUACUCCACCAGUGGCGGGUGCCGAUUGCUGGGCCCGCGAAGACCCUGCCGACACCAAGCAAGCUGGUGGGGAUGAUGGAUGCGAGGGGCUGCUGGGUGGUCGUGCAGCACCUCGCGCUCGGCUGGCGGUUCGCAUGCUGCCGCGUCCAGCGCCAGCUCCAGACGCGCCCUGA